AUGGCCGACGCUCCCGUUACCCUGCGGACUCGCAAGUUCAUCCGCAACCCCCUGCUUGCUCGCAAGCAGAUGGUCGUGGAUGUCCUCCACCCCAACCGCGCCAACGUCUCCAAGGACGAGCUCCGCGACAAGCUCGCCGACCUGUACAAGUCCAACAAGGACCAGGUCUCCGUCUUCGGUUUCCGUACCCAGUACGGUGGUGGUAAGAGCACUGGCUUCGCUCUCAUCUACGACUCCCAGGAGGCCCUGAAGAAGUUCGAGCCCCUCUACCGUCUGGUUCGCAUCGGUGCUGGCACAAAGGUCGAGAAGCCCAGCAGACAGCAGCGCAAGCAACGGAAGAACCGCUCCAAGAAGUUCCGCGGUACCGCCAAGACCAAGGGCCCCAAGAAGAACAAGGACUAA